CGAUGAUUCUGCAGCCCUGCAACUAACAAAAGUAGUAAACUCUUUUUUUGUUGUUUUACAUCGCAGUUGCAAAUAAUAUUUAGUAAUUCCUUGGGGCUGUUCCAAAUUUAAGCCAGGGACAAUUCAUAUCUACGAAAUCCAACAUCAAAGUCACCAUGGCAUCCGGCACUACCCUACAGAAGGCCAUUGAUCUGGUGACAAAGGCCACGGAAGAGGAUCGUAAUAAGAAUUAUGCCGAGGCCUUGCGGCUGUAUGAGCAUGGCGUUGAGUAUUUUCUUCAUACUAUUAAGUAUGAAGCUCAGGGUGAGAAGGCCAAAGAUUCUAUACGGGCAAAAUGUCUGCAGUAUUUAGAUCGCGCCGAGAAACUCAAGGAAUACUUGAAGAAGGGCAAAAAGAAACCGCUCAAAGAGGGCGGCGAGUCCACAUCGAAGGAUGAUAAGGAUAAGAAAUCUGAUAGUGACGAUGAUGAUGGCGAUGAUCCUGAAAAGAAGAAAUUGCAAAGCAAACUGGCGGAUGCAAUUGUCAUAGAGAAACCGAAAGUGCAAUGGUCCGAUGUGGCUGGCUUGGAUGCUGCCAAGGAGGCCCUCAAAGAGGCAGUUAUAUUGCCGAUUAAAUUUCCACAGCUCUUCACCGGUAAAAGAAUACCAUGGAAGGGUAUAUUGCUAUUUGGACCACCCGGUACGGGUAAAUCCUAUCUGGCCAAGGCUGUGGCCACGGAAGCGAAUCGCUCGACAUUUUUCUCAGUAUCCAGUUCGGAUUUGAUGUCUAAAUGGCUGGGCGAGUCCGAGAAAUUGGUUAAGAAUCUCUUUGAGCUGGCUCGCCAGCAUAAGCCAUCGAUUAUAUUCAUUGAUGAAAUCGAUUCCAUGUGCUCAGCCCGAUCGGACAAUGAGAACGACAGCGUGCGACGCAUUAAAACCGAGUUUCUUGUGCAAAUGCAAGGAGUGGGCAAUGAUACGGAUGGUAUCCUAGUAUUGGGAGCCACCAAUAUACCCUGGGUAUUGGAUUCUGCUAUUCGGAGACGUUUCGAGAAGCGUAUAUACAUUCCUUUGCCGGAGGCUCAUGCCCGAUUGGUUAUGUUUAAAAUACAUUUGGGUAAUACUACACACGUGCUGACCGAACAGGAUCUUAAAGAACUGGCCGGCAAGACCGAGGGAUACUCUGGCGCAGAUAUAUCCAUUGUGGUGCGCGAUGCCCUCAUGGAGCCCGUACGAAAGGUACAAACAGCAACCCAUUUCAAGCGGGUUACGGGUCCCAGUCCCACAAAUAAGGAUGAAACUGUCAAUGACCUUUUGGUCCCAUGUUCGCCAGGCGAUGAUGGAGCCGUUGAAAUGAAUUGGAUGGAUGUGCCCAGCGAUAAACUGUUUGAACCCCCUGUGACUAUGCGCGAUAUGCUGAAGUCCUUGUCGCGCACGAAACCCACUGUCAACGAGGAAGACUUGAGCAAGCUGCGUAAAUUCACAGAGGACUUUGGGCAGGAGGGUUAAAGAGCCGGUCCGCAAGUCUGCACCACCUGCUGCACCAUUUGCUAAUUCUAAUUGUUGCCUAUUGCAUAAAUUAAAAAGAAACAUACGUUUUCUUCUCUCUGGCUCUUCUUUUAUUUGUAACUCUUUUUUUAAUGUUUUACAUAGGAUUCAAUUAUAUAUAUAUAUAUACAAACAUACAUAUAUGCGUACAUUGAUGGCGAACAAAACGGAAAAAUUGUUAUUCAAAUUUUGUCGUGCGAGUGUGAGAGAAAUGCGGAUUUGUUGUAAUCAUAUAAAGUCUUAUGUAUUUUUGUACUUUUAAUGUUAAGAAGGAAAAGGAUGAAGAAGAAAUGAAAUGAACCGAUCACGUGGGCAUAUUCUGGAAACUUUGUGCCCACAUAAUGCCACAGCCAAGUCAACCUCUCCAUAAACCUAAAGUUAAAUCAAGGAACAGCCAUCAUCUUCAGCAAAAUGUAAAAGCAACUAAAUCUAAUUAUUUAAAAAUGUAAUGUAUUAAAAUAAUAAACGAAAUCGUGUCUAUGUAUUGAAUCAAA